CAGAGUUUAGUUUAGUUGUGUGCGAAGAUAUGAAUGACGUGAAUAGCGGAGGUGGUGACACAGGUUUAGAAAGCAACAACACGGGUACAACCACAACGAUUACCGGAAGACAGCUGAUUCAUGAAGAUGUAGAUGACGAUUACUAUGUUCCCUACUCCCUCAGAACUGACCCUCUCUGGGCAGAUGUCACUCCACUGCCACAGGACGAUGGGGAAUUCACUAUCGCGAGGAUAAGUUAUGCUCCUGAGUUCGUAGAAGUGUAUGACUACAUGCGUGCAGUGCUUAAGAGCGAAGAGGUAUCUGAGCGCGCCCUGGAUCUGACGGAGAAGGCGGCCAGACUGAAUCCGGCCAAUUACACUGUGUGGUUCUACCGACGUAAACUAAUCAGAGAACUUCAGGCUGACCUGAAGAAAGAACUGCUACUGCUGGAUGAUUUGAUUGAGAUGCACCCUAAGAAUUAUCAAGUGUGGUUCCACAGACAAAAGAUAAUAGACAUGAGACAGAAUGCGAAGGGGGAGCUGAAAUUUGUGCAGUCGAUGUUGGACGAAGAUCCGAAGAACUACCACGCCUGGCAGUACAGACAGUGGCUCAUCAAGACAUUCUCCCUGUGGGAGGGGGAGUUGCACUAUGUCCAGAAACUACUCGAAGAAGACGUGAGGAACAACUCGGCCUGGAACCAGAGAUACUUUGUCAUCACUCACACUACAGAUUACACUGAAGGGGUAAGAGCCAAAGAGGUCAUGUACACUCUGGCAAGCAUAGACAUGGAUAUCUACAACGAGAGUGCCUGGAACUAUCUCCGAGGCAUCACACAGACCCUGGAUAAUGUGUACAGUUACAAGCUAGGUGAACCAUAUAAUAGUGCGAUGCUAGAAAGGAUGAGAGCUUUGCUGCAACAUGAAGGAGCGCCUGAUAAACAGUUGUCGCCAUAUUUAUGCAUGUAUGCUUUCACAUGUUUCGAAGAUUAUCUCAGAAACAAGGACGAAAAUCUCAGCUCAGAUGAAAAAGAAGCAAUCAUUAAGAAAGAACUAGAGCCGAUUUUAAUCAAACUAGAAACAAAAGAUGAUAUUGUCCGCAAAAACUAUUGGAAGUUCAUUAGACUGAAAUUGAAUAAGGAGUUUGUUUUGGCCUAACUUGGUACACUUUUUAUGAUCUGAUUUGAUGUACAUUAUGCAGUUAAUAGUAGUGAAAUUAGCAACCGUUGCUUUCAAUUCCAGUCGAAAUAACAAUUCAUCGGCUUGUAGCUGUUUCAUUCAUAUUAAUAAUUUAGUAUUGAAUUAAUUUGUCCCAAGGUGUUUU